UCCACGAUCCUGCUACUAAUACCCAACACAUGCACACACUGUCUUAGUUAUCCACCCCCACCACCCACACACACCACACACACUAGAUGACGAGGCAAAGAAGGUAGCCUCACAGGCACAAGCAGACGCUCGCUGGAUCAUAAGAAACACAAAGCCUUGUCCACACUGCAGAGCUCCAAUUCAGAAGAACGACGGAUGCAAUCACAUGACUUGUAAACAGUGUCGCCAUGAUUUCUGCUGGGUGUGUCUUGAUCCCUAGAGUCUACACAAUUACAGAACUGGGGGAUACUUUACUUGUCCAUUGACCCCUCUCCUUCGUAACUGCAAUUGGUUCACGGCUCAGGAGAAGGCCAACACGACGGUGGAGGGGUCCAGAGGAGACAUGGAGGCUGCCUAUGUUAAGAAAGCUACAGAGGACCUUCAGUUGCACACUAAGAGAUUCCAGCAUUAUUAUGACAGAUACAACAAUCAUCUACACAGUCUGGAUAUUGAAAUGAAGUUGCUUCAAGAGUCGACUGGUAAGAUGAGAGAACUGGAAAGACUCGGACUGGCUCUCGACAAGAAAGUGGCUCGGGUCAAAGGUCAAUCUGAUGCCACCAUUGGGGUGAACUCUCCUCUCACUCCACAAAAGAAAAUCAGUGUUUUCACAACUAGAGAAGCGAAAAACUUUCUCGACGAUAUUUUCCGAAUUCUGCUGAGAGCGAGGAGAAUCCUGUCAGCCUCGUAUUGCAUUGGAUACUUCAUCCCUGAUACAGAUGAGGAGGCCCUGGGGGCACAUAAAGUAUUGCAGGGCAAACUAGAAGAAGCAGUGGAGGUUGUCUCGGAGAUGGUCAAUAGACAAUACCUCCAAACACCACGCUCUAAAAUGAACGAAGCCGCUGGAAACGUCGACUACCUUUGUAGCGAAUAUCUCACCGAAAUGUUCGUGGUUGCGACAAUCGCCGAUCUGGCAGUAAAAGAAGCAGAAAAGCCUCCACCUCCGCGUGCCACCCUGCCCACUCCACGGGAGGACAGCCCGCCCCCUCGUAUGGGGGUGAUUCCCCUCGGCUUUGGACCAGACGUUCCCGACCAACCGGAGAGAGAGGCGCUUCCGUUUGAUUGGUCUAUUGAAUCCCGAUGGAACAUUGCAUAUUUUACGAGUACCAGAAGAGGAGUUUCAAUUUCUUAGGGCCCCAGCAGACUAAUUAGCGUUAUGUGAAUGUACUUGUGAACUACAUGUAUAUAAUAAUUAUGAGUAAUUUGUUCAACAAUUUAGCUGUGUGUGUGUAUGUAUAAACAUGUUAUUUUUCAUGUUGUUUGCACAGUCA